GCCGAAGCAGGAAGUCACGCCGUGAGGACAGGAGAAAUAAAUACAUGGGAGAUGUCUUCUUAAUCUUUAUCGUUAGAUAAAGCUAAAGAGAUGGAAAACAUGGUGACAGACAGGAGAGAUGAGCCACAGACGGACUUCAUCUACUGCUGUGGAGCUGCCACUGAGGUUCUUAAAUUUGGCUCCUGUCAGUUACACUCAGGACACAAGGUGCUUUUUCUCAUCAUUCCAGGUAACCCAGGUGUGGUUGGUUUCUACAGAACCUUCAUGCAGACCAUUCACAGUAUGUUUGGAUACCAGCACCCAGUGUGGGCCGUCAGCCACGCUGGCCACUGUGUGCCACCAGACUCUAUGGACAUGGUGGAAGAUAGCUCCUCAGCAACAGAGGGUGAUGUGUUCGGUCUUAAUGGUCAGAUUGAACACAAGCUGGCAUUCCUCAGGAAACAUGUUCCCAGAGAAACCAGUCUGGUACUGGUGGGACACUCCAUCGGCUGCUACAUUAUACUGGAUAUGAUGAAGAGAGAUCCUGAGCUCAAGGUUUUAAAGGCUGUCAUGCUGUUUCCCACCAUCGAGCGUAUGGCUCAGACUCCUCAGGGGAAGGUCAUGACCCCGGUGCUGUGUCAGAUGCGUUACAUUGCCUACCUGCCUGUCUUCCUGCUCUCUCUGCUGCCAGAGAAACUCAAAACCAGUUUGAUCAAACUGGUGUUUAGUGGGAUCAUAUCUUUAGACCAAACUGUGGUCCAGCCCACUGUUGGACUUCUCAGUGGAGACUGUGCAGCCAAUGCUAUGUAUAUGGGAGGCCAAGAAAUGAGGAAAGUUCUGGAAAGAGACAAUGUAACCAUCAAGAACAAUCUAGAAAAGCUGAUAUUUUAUUAUGGAGCAACAGACCACUGGUGUCCAGUUCAGUAUUAUCAUGACAUCAAACACGACUUCCCAUGUGGCGAUUUCAGACUGUGUGAAAACGGGUACAGACACGCCUUCGUCCUCGACACUGGAAGAGAAGUUGCUGAAAUGGUGGUGGAAUGGAUCCGCAGAGAUUUAAGGACAUGAGUUUAAGUCCUCCUGUUGUCUGAUAUAAACACUGAAGAAGAAUCUUAACGCUCUGAGGCAGAGAGAGGGCUUUUUUUAUCAGUGGUCAGACAGUUAAAUUAAGGAUGAGAGCAUGGUGCUACGAAAAUAAAAGAUAUUAAUUUGCUAAUAUAUUUUUAUUGUUAUGAUAUCAAGGUCAUAAAAAGCACAAUGAAAGCGAUUAUUUGAACUCGUAUCAAGAGGUUUUUAUUUAUCAUUCUACACACCACAAGCAGCAUGGUAGCACUUCUCAUGUUGGUGCCUGGCAAUGCAGGUUUUCAUCUUUGCCAAAUAAACUCUACAUUCCUCCUUACAAUAAUGUUUACAGUUUGAGUUUUUAAAUGCUCAUAUAGGAUGACUUUAGCAGCACAUGCUGUUAAGAUUAUAAAAAUGUUCAAUACCUCAUAAUCUAUAUGUUUUAAAAUGA